AUGUCGAUCGAGGAGUUGAAGAUUCGUAACGAGCUGGAGAACGACGUUGAACAAGACUUGGAGGAAGAAAUCAAGGAUGGAAUUUACCAUCUUGCUCUGAGAUUGCAUAGGCUUUAUGAGCACCAGAAAGAAAGACAUACUAAUACAGAAACCAACCCUAAAUCUACAAGAAAAAUGCUGUCUGAAGUUAACAUAAGCAUUAAAAUGGAAGGAGGAACCCCCAUUCAAAUAAAGGAAAUUAAAAAACAAGCAAAUAUUCAAGAAAAAACACCUCCAAAUCCAAUGACUGCUACACCGGCAAAUAAUAAGAAGUUUGAUUGGGAAAAGACACUUCGAUCAAAUCGAGCUCACCCUCCAUCCAUUAAAAGUAAUAAAACUGAAAAUAAACGCGUUAGCCAUUUGAGGAUGAAGCCUCAGAAUAUUGGCAAAAUCAAUAUUUCAAAUGCUACAAGGCAGAGGAAAGUGGACACGGGAGCCAAAACUGCGCUGCUGGAGCUAGGAUGGAAACCUUAG